AUGGACAACGAAAACUUGCCCGAGGCGGGCCAGUCCCUCGGCCUCGACAGGCAACUUCAGCAAGGCUUGACCGGCAUCACCGUUCUGGCUUUCCUGUCUUUCCUUUCUUCUACCACUCUUUUUCUAUAUCUCGGCUACAAGAUUAUAUGGCACACGUACUUCAGUUCGCCGUCAAUUACGAGAUCGCCGUCUCAUGAUCAGGACCGACCUCAGCAGAAUCAGCAGCAAGGGAAUUCCUUCCAGCGCAGGGUUGACUUUGCUCUGGGAAUCGAUGGAGUCUUCAGCGAUGACGCCGCCUCCGAGCGAGAUCCCAAGACAUUCACGAGUGACCGCGACAGCGUGUGCAGCAGAAAUGCAACGGCCAACGCAGCCUCAUCCGCCGUGAAGGCGCCCAGGAAGAACCCACCUAACCAGUUUCUCAUCCUCAUCUUCAACCUCCUCCUCGCCGACAUGCAUCAAGGCGUGGCCUUCUUCACCAACGCAGAAUGGCUUCGAUACAACGAGAUCCGUGUCGGAACCCCAAUCUGCUUCGCGCAGGGCCUUUUCGUUUCUCUGGGUGACUUGGCUUCGAGCUGCUUUAUUACUACCAUUGCCGUACACACAUAUCUCUCCAUUGUAAGGCGAUAUACGAUCCGGCAUCGUACUCUAUACAUCAUCUUAGUUGCCAUCUGGCUCUUCAUCUACGGCAUCUCUCUUAUCCCCGUGGCAGCCACUCGCAACGGCGCUGAUCACGGUGGUUUCUUCGUCCGCGCCGGAGCUUGGUGCUGGAUGAACAACCAGUACUCCAUCCUCCGCUUCGUCACCCACUACCUGUACAUCUUCAUCGCCAUCGCCGCCACCACAAUUCUCUACACCCUUGUCUUCAUCUCCAUCCGCCGCCAGUCCCGCACCCCGCCCUCCUCCUCCCAGAGCGCCGCCGCCGCCAUCCAGGAGCUCAACCUCUCCCACAACCCGGCCUUCCUCAUCUACCCGGUCAUCUACGUCGUCUGCACCCUGCCCCUCGCCAUCGGCCGCAUCGCCACCAUGGCCCAGACCGACGUGCCCCUCGGCUACAUGUGCUUCGCGGGAGCCAUGAUCGCCUCCAACGGCUUCUUCGACUGCCUCCUCUUCGGCACCACCCGCAACGUCAUCGUCUUCGCCAGCAAGACCGACAUCGGCCGCUCCAACACAGGGCUCGACACCUUCAACUUCAUGCAGACGCCGCGCACCCGCCGCUACGGCAACAUGGUCUGGGUCCAGGGCGGCAGCGGCGGCAGGACCGCUGGAGGAGGGAGUAACAGCAGCAGGUACCCGACGGACGCGGGACCCAGCAGCACGAUGACGGGUGGGUGGUGGUCGUGGGCGCGCAUCGGGGGCGCCGCCGACCGCGCCAGAGGCGUGAACAAGCGCGCCAUCUCCGACACGAGGACCGUGAGCGAGGAGUCCCUCAGGGGGCCCGAGGGCGCCGUCAUCCAGAUGGACACGGUCACCUCUGUCGUCGUCGAGACGGACCAGUACCAGAUGCGGGAUCACCACUUCUCUGGCCCGUCGGCGAGCAUGACGCCCUCCAUGACUACUACCAGUAGCAUGGACAAGGUGUAUCCACGUCACAUGUAG